CAAAGCCUUCCAAUCCUCUCAAUCUCAACAUCAACGCCGAAGAAUUUUCAAAUUUACUCCCCCCAGGCCAGGCUCAAAACCCGUCAACGCACGAGGCAAUACGUUUCAAGAAAUGGGUUCGUCCUCUCUCGCCAUGAUCUCACCGAGGACGCUCCGGUCCGACCUCUACUCCUUCGCCUACCGGCAGGACUCGAAGGCCCCCCCGCUUGUCGUCUCGGUCCUCGCCUCGCUCAUCGAGCGCACCAUGUCCCGGAACGAGAGGGUCGCGAGGAGCUGCCCGUCCAAGGACGCAAAGACGACGCCGCGUGGCAUCUUCGACUGCCGCGAGGCGCCAGACAUGACGAUACAGAGCUACCUGGAGAGGAUCUUCCGGUACACGAGGGCCGGCCCGUCGGUCUACGUGGUGGCGUACGUGUACAUAGACCGGUUCUGCCAGGCCAACCCGGGGUUCAGGAUCAAUGCCAGGAAUGUCCAUAGGCUCCUCAUCACGACGAUCAUGGUGGCUUCCAAAUACGUGGAGGACAUGAACUACAGGAACUCCUACUUCGCACGAGUCGGGGGACUGGGGACCGAGGAGAUCAACAGACUGGAGCUGGAGUUUCUGUUCCUGAUGGGGUUCAAGCUGCACGUGAACUUGAGCGUGUUCGAGAGCUACUGCUGCCACCUGGAGAGAGAGGUGGGCACCGGCGGCGGCUACCAGGUCGAGAGAGCCCUCCGGUGCGCGGAGGAGAUCAAGUUCUCGCGGCGGCGGAGGGCUGCGGAUCCGAGGUUCAAUCAUCACGUUGCCCGAAUCAUGCUUUAAGAGAGACGACGCUCUUGAUCAUAGUUCACAAAAAUUCGAAAAAUAUUCGAAAGAAAGUUAAAAAAAGACUUGGCAAGAGGGAGUGAGUGUACAGAUGUGAUGAUUGAUCGAUGUACAGGUGGUUUUCUCUUUCUAGGGUUGGGUUGAGUACGGCCAUUGUACUGUGAUAUUAUAUUCUCUCUCUCUCUAUUUUUUAUGGCAUUGAGAAAUUCAUUUUUUUUU